AUGCAUCACGAUGCUGUGCCCUCUGGAUUGCAAGGCUACCGAGUGGCCUGUUGUCUGGGCUUUGGCUUGGGGCUGGGUGUAGAUAUCCGGCUCACGCGCCGCAUUACCGCAAGCCUCCUGCUCGAUCUUCUGGGCACGCUAGCCACCCCUGCCUUUGUGCCUCGCUUUGGCAUUGUGCUCUGGGCUCGUCAGAAAAAGCUCUCCUCCUCAACCAUGCGGUUGAACCAGGAGCUUCGUGAGCAUUGUUCGCGCCAACAGCAUCAGCUGACCGCUGUGCCGGAGCGACUCGUGGCCGAGCAGGUCGACUGGUUGGAUCAAGGUGCACUUGCCAUUGUGAUGCACACUCGGGCCCAGGAGUGGCUGGAGCAGCUGCAAGAGAACGUUACCCGUGCGCUGGCGUGCGGGGCUUUUGUUCAAUGGUUGGGCCGAGAAACACCGAGUGUGGUGGCCGCUGCUGCGGAGCAAGCUCGGUGUGCGGCCCAGAUUGCUCGUGCCCACGCUUAA